CGCCCCUUCCCCCGCGGGGAGCGCCGCGUCCGGAGGCGGCUGCGGCCCGUCGCUGGGCGCGGAGCGGAAGUUUUAAAGUGGUUUAAAAUGCCAUCACUCCAUAGAUGAAAACCUUCUCGAGCUGAUGUAUCCACUACAUUUGGAAGCUGUACAGCCAUCAGCUUCUUAGCUGCUCUGCUUCCUGAUACUGAAGAGUCCAGGAUUUUUGUUAAUUUAGACUAUUCAAAAUGAAUGAACAUCCUAAAAAGAGGAAAAGGAAGACUCUACAUCCUUCUCGAUAUUCAGAUUCAUCAGGUGCAAGCAAAUACAUAGAUAACAGUGGAAUUUUUUCUGACCACUGCUAUAGCGUCUGUUCUAUGAAACAGCCAGAUUUAAAGUUUUCUGAAAACAGAGGUAGAUUCCACAGUCCUGUGCAGAGCCUGGACACAGAUGAUGAUGGGAGUCCAGUGCAUGCUGGGACUUCUCACUGGAGUGGGUCACAUUCAAACGUUGUGGGGUUGCACUAUACGGACCCUAAAAAGAAGGAUAAAGGUAGAGAUAAAGGUACUAAUAAUGGAAUGUGCAGAGACUUGUGUGACUCGCCUAUAUUCAGUGACAGUCCUACAGAAGAAGAGAAACCUCUAGAUAUUCAAACUGUAGAAAUUUCCACAACAGAAGUGAAUGCUGUAGAAGUUCACGAUAUAGAAACACAAACUGUAUCACCUGAGAAGCUAGAAGCUGAGGACCUAGAGGAAAUCCCUCUGGAAACCUGUAAAAUCUUUGAGAAGAACCAGGCUUUGAAUAUCACAGCUCAACAGAAAUGGCCUUUGCUGAGAGCCAACAGCAGCGGCUUGUACAAGUGUGAGCUCUGUGAGUUUAAUAGCAAGUACUUUUCUGAUUUAAAGCAGCACAUGAUCCUGAAGCAUAAGACAUGUACAGACACUCAUGUCUGUAGAGUUUGUAAAGAAAGCUUCUCCAGCAAAGUGCAGCUCAUUGAACAUGUAAAGCUACAUGAGGAAGAUCCAUACAUUUGUAAAUACUGUGAUUACAAAACAGUGAUAUUUGAGAAUCUGAGUCAGCACAUAGCAGACACUCACUUCAAUGACCACCUUUACUGGUGUGAGCAGUGCGAUAUGCAGUUCUCCUCAAGCAGUGAGUUGUACCUGCACUUCCAGGAGCAUAGCUGCGAUGAGCAGUACUUGUGUCAGUUUUGCGAGCAUGAAACAAAUGAUCCAGAAGAUCUGCAUAGCCAUGUGGUGAACGAGCAUGCGUGUCGACUGAUAGAGCUAAGCGACAGCUAUAAUAACAAGGAGCAUGGACAGUACAGUCUCAUAAACAAAAUCAGUUUUGACAAAUGCAAAAACUUCUUUGUAUGCCAAGUGUGUGGCUUUAGGAGCAGGCUGCAUACGAAUGUCAACAGGCACGUAGCUAUUGAACACACCAAAAUAUUCCCUCAUGUUUGUGAUGACUGUGGGAAGGGCUUUUCAGGUAUGUUGGAAUAUUGCAAGCAUUUAAGCUCUCAUUUAUCUGAAGGGAUUUAUUUGUGUCAAUACUGUGAAUACUCAACAGGACAGAUCGAAGACCUUAAAACUCAUUUGGAUUUCAGGCAUUCAGCAGAUUUGCCACAUAAAUGUACCGAUUGUUUAAUGAGGUUUGGAAAUGAAAAAGAUCUUUUAAGUCAUCUUCAGAUACAUGAGACAGCGUGAUUACUUUCUUUCCCUGUAAUCAAUUUGUUAGAAUUGGAAUUAAUUUCCAGUCACUGCAAUGUGAUAUUAAAUACAAUUUUAACGGCAAUUGUACAAUUCUAAUGGUUUCAUCUUUAUAUCAGCAAAGCAUGUGUAACAACUUGGUGUUGUGAAUUUCCUUACCUAAGGGUUUCAGUAGGAAUAAGUGUGAGGGAUCAGGUUUUGAGGGGAGGGACAGUGGGAGUAGUUGCAUGUUGUGAUACUAAUUCUGAUGGUCAUCCUGCACUUUCACAUCUUACGUACAAGACCAGCUCUCUUGAGUUCAGAAAGGGACAAAGAGAAAGCCAACACCUAGUUCCGUGCUUAAGUAACGCCACACUGAUCUCAACGGUAUCUCCAGCUCAUGUUACCCUCUGUGGCAGCUGGUCAUUGUGCCAAUGUUUAGCAAAUUGCACCAGCCUGCCAAAGAUAAGGGUGUUCCAAAAAUUCCCAAGUGUAGACAUCUCCAAAUUCACAUACCAGCCUGCAUUUCCCACUUCAUACCCUUGAUCAAGUUUUAAAAUUGUCCUGUUUUUCUCUUGGGGUGGACCUAUCUGACCUCACUGAACAAACUUUUGUUGUUCGGUGUUUGAUUCCCAACUCCUGUCUGUGGGACUAUCCAACAACCCUGUCUUCCGCACAUUUACUACAGACCUCCCACAUGAUUUUUGUCUCCUUUAUCUGCCUUCAGUUCCUAUCUUUUAAUGCACAAAGCAGACACACGUUGCUUAUGUGUAGAUUGGAUCAUGUUUCAAGGACUAAUUGUAAGGGAAUUUGCAAAGUGAUCCAGCUGAGAAUGUACGAAGUGCGAUUUUCAUAUCUAAAAUCCUAAUUUAGCUCUCACUGAAAUUAUGUAUGUCACCAACCUCAUUUAGAACAAGCCUGUAUUAGUUUAUAAUUAUUAUAAUUUUGUAUAUGAAUUUUAAACUUCUAUAUACUGGCUAAAAACACUGGUACAGUGCAAAAUUUUAUUAACUAAUCACUUUCAAGUGAUUUCACACAUCUGUUCAGAUUAGAUAGUGCUGUCCUGCCAUUAUAGUCUUUAGAAGUGAAUUUUUACAGUUCAUUCUGUAGCUGUAUUUCUUUGAGUGGAUACUUGGAUAGAUAAAAAUAAAUGUGAGGUCAUUUA